CCGCCAUUCCAUUAUCGUGACUUUUAUAAAUAUUUAAAUUUCGUUUGAAAAACUAUUGCUAUACUUAUUAAUUAGAAAAUAUUUGGUAUCCUGUGUACGUUAUCUUUUAACUAUUAAAGAUAGUCGAUCAUUGUAGGUGUUUAAACGUUUGGAAAAAUUAUUUACUACGCACAGUAAAUUAAAUAUUUCAAUUAAAAUUUACAUCGUAAUGAUAAGUGAAGAUUUUGGUGUUAUCAAGCAAUGGCUGUAUACUUAAUAGUAUAUGAAUAAUUUUUCCCUAUAUUUUAAAACCUGAUAUUCUUAUCAUGUAUCAAGAGAUUUCACAAUUGCAGUCUGAUGACACUGAAGGAAGCGAUGAAAAUGCAUGGCACAAAUAUGAAAUUAUUCCUUAACGAAAAAAUCAUCAUCUCUGUAACUUAUCUAUUAUAUUUCUUUUAAAUCAUCAAAACUCUCACAUACUCCUAAAGUUCUAAACACUUGUAGAACAUUAAGUGUUCAACGUGUGAUGAUCAAGGAAAAGCAACGUAUUGAAAAAAAAACCACAUCAUCAUCAAACUUUGGAGUUGAAGAGCCUAAUGCCAGUGAUGAUAUUCAAAUGAUUAAAACUCCUGAUAAUAAUAGUAGUGACCUUCAUCACGAUUUAGAUAGUAUUAUAAAGACCGAGAACGAAAUGACUGCACUUAUAGAAAAUAGUAAUGGCAAUGAUGUUACUGAUGGCAAAAGUAGUGUUGGCCCUGCUAGCAAUACAUCUCCAAGUUCUUCUGGAGUUGAUCAGAAAUCACAGUUAAUAUCAAAUGAUUUAUGCCUCAAUCAAAUUAAACAUGAAGAUUCUGGAAUCAAAGUAGAAGAUAACACAAACAAUACAACUAAUUCUUCGACGGAUACUGAAUUUGGUGUUAACAAUACUGGUAAUAAGCCAUCAAAUACAGCUGGAGGAGGUGGAAAUUUGGAUGCUCAACAACAACAAUAUAUGCAACAACAAAGUCAAAUAUUUGUAUUUUCAACUAGCUUGGCUAAUAAGUCUGCAGAAUCUGUCUUGGCUGGCCAGUAUCCUACUAUCAUUGCUUAUCAUUGUGCUCAACCAAGAACAAAAAAAUUUCUUGAGAAACAUCCCUUAAAGGUAAAUCAAUUCAACCGUCAAAAUCCCGGACAAUGGAUGAACAAUGUAGUCACAAAUCAGCAACAAAUGAAACAGCAAAAUAAGGGUAUGGGUCCACAUGGUGGUCAACCUAAAUAUGGAGGAGGCAAUGCUCCAUAUUCGAGGAUGAUGAAAAAUAGCAAUAGCCCAUCAGGUGGUAGUCCAAUGGAUGGACCUAUGAUGCAGCCUGGGGCAAGAAUGCCAAUGUGGAACAAUCAAGGAAAUCAUGUAAAUGAAUCUGGCUCUCCUCAACAAAUGCAUUCUGGUAAUCAUAACAGUCUAAUGAGUUCAAUGUGUGGUAACAGCAAUAGUGGUAUGAUGAGUAUGCCGAAUCAUCUUGGUGGAGGUGGACCUAUGGGACCUGGAAUGAUGAUGAAUCAACAAGGGAACCUCUGUGCUAUGGGGCCAAAUAGUGGUGGUGGAAUUCCUAUGAAUGGUAUGGAUAUAGGUAUGAUGGAUCACCAAAGUCCACAUUCUCACAUAAUGAGUGGUACACAACAUGGAGCACAACACUCUAUGCAUCAUCGUGGAAUGGUUGGGGGACCUCAACAUGGUCUACCUUCUCAUGUUUUACCUGAUAUGAUGGUGAUGAGUGGUGGGGGAGAUCCUAAUAAAUCAUCAACUUUGGAUGGUAUGAUGUCAACAGGUGGCAGUGGUCCAUCAGGGGUUUUACCGCCCGGAUCACCUGGUGGUCCUAAUUCAUUGGCUGCUAUGAUGCCAUCUUUAGCCGACUUUGAUGAUCCUAUUGGAAGUAGUGGCUCUACAGGUGCUGGAACUCACCCAUCGUUGGCAGGUGUUCAAGUACCUGAUGAAAAUUUAACUCCACAGCAAAGACAGCACCGCGAAGAACAACAAGCUACAUUGAGAAAACUUCAGCAAAUGCUAUUUCCAGAAAAUUCUAAUGGUGGCGGAGCUUCUCAAUCGUCAUCACAAGUCGCUACAAGUGGUUCCUUAGAUACUUGUGGAGGCAGUAGUGGGGCAGGAGGUGGUAUGGAUGAUUUGAUGCCUUCUAUUGAUGAUGAUUUGGAUGUAGAUGCUGUUGUCACAGCUGCAGCUGCAGUGGCUACUAGCUCUGCAGAUCUUCUUUUACCUCCAAAAACUCCCACUUCGUGUUCAUCAUCUGAUUGGCAAAAGAAUAUGUUUGGUGAAGACGAUAAGAAAAAAGACAGAUGUGGUCCCCCACCUCCUCCUUAUCAUCAAACGGUUGCACGUUCUGCUAGUGUGCCUAUCGUAUCUGCGCCUAGUCAUAGUCCAAAUUCACCAUUGACUGGAACUGGUGUCACCAGUAAUUUAUCAUUGCCAUCUCCCCGCACUUGUUCUGCAAUGAAUUCUCCAGCUGGUGGUUGUGGACGUCCUUCGUCCAACAUGAGCCCAACAGCUGUACGUUCUCCCAGUAGUGGAAAUAGGCUACAAUCUAGUAAUCCGGGCACACCCAUACACAUGUCACCCAGUAGUGGUGGAAGUGGAGGUAUAAAACAAAAAGGUCCAACUUCUAAUGAAUUUUCACCUUCAUCAAAUAACAACACUUCCAAUCAACCUAACUGUGGUGGUGGACAACAUUCACCGGAUUCCUUAUUUGGCCCAAACAAAAAACAAGAACCUAAUCUAAUGCCAGUACCAUCACCCCAACGGAUUCAAUAUAUGAAUGCAUUUGAUGGCCAAGAGUUGACGAUUCAAAAACAGCCCAAUACUGGCUUAAAAGAUUCUACAUCCUCGACUGCGGCCACAACAACAACAGCAGUAGCUUCAACAAUGUCUUCGUCGAUGUCUUUACAAAACAGUAUGGAUAUAAUAAUGACUACAGAUUCUAAAGUUCCAAAUCAUUUACAUUCACCUUCAUCUAUGGAUUUGCCGGGUAGCGGACGAUUUCCUGGUACUCCUAGUGAUUUUGCUUCACCUAGUCCAUCCGCAAUGGAUGGAGUUAUUACCAAACCUACAAAUGUUGCCCAACAGCAACAACAAAUGAGAAAUGGUGGUGGUUUUCCUUGUGCCCCUAGUCCACCUCAACAUGUUAUGAUGAUGAAUGAUACGAGAUAUUCUACAGGUACCAGUGGUGGAUACGGUACAUCUCAUCAACAACUUCACAAAUCAAAUAUGAUGAAUGAUCCAAAAGACUCUCCGCUUGGAUUCCCAACUGGUGGAGGUAGACUUGGUCCAGGUGAUAUGCCUUUGAAUCCAUCAACUACUCCAGGUAGUGGAGUGCAACCGCCUCAGACAAUGAAACAUUUUGAUCCCAUUUCAUCGUUAGCUCAAAUGAAUCAACAACUGGCCAAUAAUGUAGCUGGUAGUGGUUCCUCGCCGAUUAUUAAUCACGGUGGAAGUAGUAGUGGUCUUCCUUUACAUCAUCCUGGUGCUGGUGUAGGACCAGGACAUCAUCAUUCAGUGUCACCAUUUAAUAGUGGAGGAGGAAGUGGAAUACACAUGAUGAGUGGUCCAGCAGGAGUAGAUUCGAUGUGUGGUGGACCAAUGGGAAUGGGUAGUAGUAGCAGUAUGCAAGAUGUGAUGAUGGGGGGACCACCUAACAAUACAGGCGGACGUAUGAUGUAUGGAGGACCUACUGGUGGUAAUGGAGGAAUGCCAUCAAUGGGUCCUGGUGGUGGAGGAAUGUCAUCAAUGGGUCCUGGUGGUGGAGGUAUGCCUUCCAUGGGUCCUGGAGGAGGAAUGCCUCCUUCGAUGAUGAACAGUGGCAGUGGAGGUAUACCAUCACCAAUGGGUAUCAGUGGUCGAAAUGGUAGUGUCGGCGGUAUGAUGCCGAUGAAUUCUUGUGGUGGACCUCUUUCACCUAAAUCUAUGAUGCUACAACAGCAGCAAUACCAACAGCAACAACAAAGACUUAUGCCUAGAAUACCUGCUAGUGGACAGCAAUACAAUGGUGGGGCUAACAUACAAGUGAAACCUAGUGCCCCUAAUACUAUACAAUAUUUACCAAACAACUCCAGGGGUGGUCCUAGAGGUGCACCUCCACCCUCUCAACAACAGCCCGGUUUAGAUUUCCUGCAGAGAUUCGCGACUGGAGGACCUUCAGGUGGUAGUGGUCCUAUGUCCACCAUGGACGGAGGCAAGAUGCCCGGACAUAAUUUGCAGUAUUUUCCAGGCAGUGGUGGUGGAGGAGUAGGAUAUAAUAAUAGUGGAGGCAAUGGAGGCGGCAUUAAUGAUAUGAUAUGUAGUGGUAGUGGACCUCCGGUAGGUGGUAUGCCGUCUGGACCACUUAACAACAUAGGCGGGCGACCUGGAAUGAUGCGAGGUGGACCAGCUGGAAUGAUUAGAAUGGGUGGACUGGGUAUGGCAUCCAAUAACUAUAAUCCAGGCGGCGGCGGACCAGAUGGUAUGUUUGGCGGCGGUGGACCCCCACCUCACCAUCAUGCUCAACAACAAAUGAUGAUGAUGGGUGGUGGCGGAGGACCAAACGGUCCACCAUCACAACAGCAUAAAGGCGGAAUGAUGGCAGGACCAGGACCACCGCCAGAUGCUACACAGCCAUUACCCCCAUCCAUGGGUGGUGGCGCUCCAGGACCAGGACCGGGAUAUCGUGGUGGUCCAGUGGGAACGGCUAAUUCGUUCAUUGGACCCACUACAGCAGACCCUAAUUACGCACAACAAUUUCAUAACUUUCAACAACAAUUAUAUGCCACUAAUACUAGGGGUGGAAGUGGCGGAGGACCUGGAGGACCGCAACAGCAGCAACAAUUUUUCGUUUCCAAGUGAUAAAGGCACU